GUGGAAUUAAGUUUAAUGACGUCAAACCCAAUCCGUACUAGGCAAGGUUCACGUGCUGGUGCCAGUGAGUAUCUGGUACCGGGCUGUCUACGUCAUUCAGCCUGUAGGAGUUUGACGGAGAGCUUGCUGAUGCAGCUGCUACUGUUCGUUGGAUUUCUUGGGGUCAUAGCGCACUCUGUGUCCACACAAGAAGACAUUUCAAGAAGAGUCGAGUGUAACCCUGAUGAGUCCCAAACAUGCGGCCAAGACGAGUGCUGCAUAGCCAGGAAGAAUAUUGGUGGCGUGAUAAAGCAUGUAUGCUAUCCCAAGGGCAAAAAUGUGAAUGAUCUCUGUGAUCCCGACGGCCGACAGAAGUGUUCGUCCUGUGCGUCUGGCUUAGUUUGCCGUUCGAUACGCUCUAACAGCAGAGGGUAUCAUUACUGUGUCAGAGAAGAAGAAGAAGAAGAAGGCCGCGUUAAGCGUCCGGCAAAUCAAGGCAGUGAAGGAAAAUUAACACUAUCUGAUGGCAAGGGUAGUCGCAAAGAGGAAGACAGCAAGCGAAGACCGUUAGGUCAACCAAAGGGACCACCCCAAGGACGGCAAGGCCCAAGGCGUGGAUUUCCUGCCGGUCGUGGCAAACCACCGAUGCGACCUGACCCAUCCGGUUUACAACGCCCUGUAAAUGAUAAUAAAAGGAGACCUGGUGAUGACACACGCGGUGAAACACGGUCGCCCAUGAAUAACCUCAAACAAUUAAAUGCGACUUCGGACGAUCGUAAUGAUAGCAGAAUACCGUUACACAACAAAUUUGGUGGCAGUGAUGACCGCAGACAGAUGAAUAGAACCUCUGACCGCCGCGAUGAUGACAGAAGACCAUUCAUGAGCAGAUCUGGCGACCGUGAUGAUGAAAGAAAACCAUUCAGAGGCAGAUUUAGAGACAGCAAUGAUCGCAAACAAAUGAAUGAAACUUCUGGUGAUCGCGCUGAUGACAGAAGACCACGCAAGGGAAGAUUUGGUGACAAUGAUGACCAAAGACAAAUGAAUGUCAGCUCUGGUGACCGCGAUGAUGACAGAAGACCAUUCAUGAGAAGAUUUGGUAAUCAUGAUGAUAACAGAAGGCCAUUCUACAGGAGAUUUGGUGACAGAAGACCAUCCAUGAGAAGAUUUGGUGACCGUGAUAAUGACAGAAGACCAUCCAUGAGAAGAUUUGGUGACCGUGAUGAUGACAGAAGACCGUCCAUGAGAAGAUUUGGUGACCGUGAUGAUGACAGAAGACCAUCCAUGAGCAGAUUUGGUGACCGUGAUGAUGACAGAAGACCGUCCAUGAGAAGAUUUGGUGACCGUGAUGAUGACAGAAGACCAUCCAUGAGAAGAUUUGGUGACCGUGAUGAUGACAGAAGACCAUCUAUGAGCAGGUUUGGUGACCGUGAUGAUGACAGAAGACCAUCUAUGAGCAGGUUUGGUGAUCGUGAUGAUGACAGAAGACCAUCUAUGAGAAGAUUUGGUGACCGUGAUGAUGACAGAAGACCAUCUAUGAGCAGGUUUGGUGAUCGUGAUGAUGACAGAAGACCAUCCAUGAGAAGAUUUGGUGACCGUGAUGAUGACAGAAGACCAUCUAUGAGCAGGUUUGGUGAUCGUGAUGAUGACAGAAGACCAUCUAUGAGAAGAUUUGGUGACCGUGAUGAUGACAGAAGACCAUCUAUGAGCAGGUUUGGUGACCGUGAUGACAGAAGACCGUCCAUGAGAAGAUUUGGUGACCGUGAUGAUGACAGAAGACCAUCCACGAGAAGAUUUGGUGACCGUGAUGAUGACAGAAGACCGUCCAUGAGAAGAUUUGGUGACCGUGAUGAUGACAGAAGACCAUCUAUGAGCAGGUUUGGUGACCGUGAUGAUGACAGAAGACCAUCCAUGAGAAGAUUUGGUGACCGUGAUGAUGACAGAAGACCAUCUAUGAGCAGGUUUGGUGACCGUGAUGACAGAAGACCGUCCAUGAGAAGAUUUGGUGACAAUGAUGACCAAAGGCAAAGGAAUGUCAGCUCUGGUGACCGUGAUGAUGACAGAAGACCAUCUAUGAGCAGGUUUGGUGACCGUGAUGACAGAAGACCAUCCAUGAGAAGAUUUGGUGACAAUGAUGACCAAAGGCAAAGGAAUGUCAGCUCUGGUGACCGUGAUGAUGACCAAAGGCAAAGGAAUGUCAGCUCUGGUGACCGUGAUGAUGACAGAAGACCGUCCAUGGGAAGAUUUGGUGACCGUGAUGAUGACAGAAGACCGUCCAUGAGAAGAUUUGGUGACCGUGAUGACGACAGAAGACCAUCUAUGAGCAGGUUUGGUGACCGUGAUGACAGAAGACCGUCCAUGAGAAGAUUUGGUGACAAUGAUGACCAAAGGCAAAGGAAUGUCAGCUCUGGUGACCGUGAUGAUGACAGAAGACCAUCCAUGAGAAGAUUUGGUGAUCAUGAUGAUGACAGAAGACCAUCUAUGAGCAGGUUUGGUGACCGUGAUGACAGAAGACCGUCCAUGAGAAGAUUUGGUGACAAUGAUGACCAAAGGCAAAGGAAUGUCAGCUCUGGUGACCGUGAUGAUGACAGAAGACCAUUCUACAGCAGAUUUGGUGACCGUGAUGAUGACAGAAGACCAUCCAUGAGCAGAUUUGGUGACCGUGAUGAUGACAGACGACCAUCCAUGAGAAGAUUUGGUGAUCGUGAUGAUGACAGAAGACCAUUCUACAGCAGAUUUGGUGACCGUGAUGAUGACAGAAGACCAUCCAUGAGAAGAUUUGGUGACCGUGAUGAUGACAGAAGACCAUCCAUGAGCAGAUUUGGUGACCGUGAUGAUGACAGAAGACCAUCCAUGAGCAGAUUUGGUGACCGUGAUGAUGACAGAAGACCAUUCUACAGCAGAUUUGGUGACCGUGAUGAUGACAGAAGACCAUUCUACAGCAGAUUUGGUGACCGUGAUGAUGACAGAAGACCAUCCAUGAGCAGAUUUGGUGACCGUGAUGAUGACAGAAGACCAUCCAUGAGCAGAUUUGGUGACCGUGAUGAUGACAGAAGACCAUCCAUGAGAAGAUUUGGUGAUCGUGAUGAUGACAGAAGACCAUUCUACAGCAGAUUUGGUGACCGUGAUGAUGACAGACGACCAUCCAUGAGAAGAUUUGGUGACCGUGAUGAUGACAGAAGACCAUUCUACAGCAGAUUUGGUGACCGUGAUGAUGACAGACGACCAUCCAUGAGAAGAUUUGGUGACCGUGAUGAUGACAGAAGACCAUCCAUGAGCAGAUUUGGUGACCGUGAUGAUGACAGAAGACCAUCCAUGAGCAGAUUUGGUGACCGUGAUGAUGACAGAAGACCAUCCAUGAGAAGAUUUGGUGAUCGUGAUGAUGACAGAAGACCAUUCUACAGCAGAUUUGGUGACCGUGAUGAUGACAGACGACCAUCCAUGAGCAGAUUUGGUGACCGUGAUGAUGACAGAAGACCAUCCAUGAGCAGAUUUGGUGACCGUGAUGAUGACAGAAGACCAUCCAUGAGCAGAUUUGGUGACCGUGAUGAUGACAGAAGACCAUCCAUGAGCAGAUUUGGUGACCGUGAUGAUGACAGAAGACCAUUCAUGAGCAGAUUUGGUGACCGUGAUGAUGACAGAAGACCAUCCAUGAGCAGAUUUGGUGACCGUGAUGAUGACAGAAGACCAUCCAUGAGAAGAUUUGGUGAUCGUGAUGAUGACAGACGACCAUCCAUGAGAAGAUUUGGUGACCGUGAUGAUGACAGAAGACCAUCCAUGAGAAGAUUUGGUGACCGUGAUGAUGACAGAAGACCAUCCAUGAGCAGAUUUGGUGACCGUGAUGAUGACAGAAGACCAUCCAUGAGAAGAUUUGGUGAUCGUGAUGAUGACAGACGACCAUCCAUGAGCAGAUUUGGUGACCGUGAUGAUGACAGAAGACCAUCCAUGAGAAGAUUUGGUGACCGUGAUGAUGACAGAAGACCAUCCAUGAGCAGAUUUGGUGACCGUGAUGAUGACAGAAGACCAUCCAUGAGAAGAUUUGGUGAUCGUGAUGAUGACAGAAGACCAUUCUACAGCAGAUUUGGUGACCGUGACCGUGAUGAUGACAGAAGACCGUCCUACAAUAGAGUCAACAUUAUCUAUGAUCAAUGGAGGAAACCAAUGCGCGCCACGAGUAAUGAUCGUGAUUUCAGGCGGUCAUUCCAAGACAAGCGUGAUUUUUACCGUGGCUAGCCAGUCUUCAAGUCAAUGCCAUCAUGGAGAAGGUGCAUCUCCUGGAAUAACUAUACCAUUUGCUGUGACUGAAUGGAAGUCUUGUCAGUUAGUUACAUUAUGGUAGUUGUUCUUGUCUUUUAUUUUACGGUAGUAAGCAUACAGUCUGCUUUGCUUUUUGUUGUAACUGGAAGAGGGUCAAGUACAAAUGCUACUAACGCUUGCACACAGUCAAUUGAUGUAAUAAAUGUUACUACAAGAA